AUGCUGCACCUCUUUUUCCACCUCCUAGGAGUCUGGCUGCUGCUGAGCCAGGCUUCUGGAACUGUAUCUCCUGGGUUUUUGGACAAAGUUAUUAAGGUAUGUGGACGUGAUUUAGUCCGAAUCAAGAUAGAUAUUUGUGGCAAGAUUCUGUUGGGAGAUAUGACUACCGGCCAAGAGAAACAGCGCAUUCUGGGAUCUGGACAAUCCGCAGGUGAGAGCUUGCACCACCACCCCAACCCUGCCAUUCCGUACUUCUCACUGGUUGCUUCACACCAACAACUAAUCAAAAUGGUGGCUUAUGCAGCAGGUUUGGCAAAGAGCCUCACCCCAGAAUUGCAUGGUAUUCUUCCUAUCAGGUCAGCCAUGUCUGAACAAGAAAUCAUGCCAUCCUCUAUCAACAAAGAGGUAGACUCCCUAAAUAUGUUGGAAUCCAUUGCUAAUUUGCCAGAAGAGCUGAGGGCAAUGCUGCCUGAGAAACAGCCAUCAUCACCACAGCUACAACAAUAUGUACCUGCAUUAAAGAAUUCAAAUGUUGCCGUUAAAGAACUUAAUAAAAUUAUUCGUGGUAGACAAGAAGAAGCAGAAGACAACAGCCAUUCAUUAUUAAAAGAUUUCAACUUGAAUAUUUAUUCACCAAAAAACGAACAGCUUGAUAUGACAGUGAGUGAGAAAUGUUGCCAAGUUGGCUGUACUAGAAGAUUUAUUGCAAACUCAUGCUGA